AUGGCUGACCUCGACGUCGCGAGCCACUACAGCCUCCCUUCAGAGUUCCCCGAAGAAUGGCCGGCAGCUCUGGAGGAAGCUGAUCAGCUUGACGAAGAGCCUCUUCAGAGGGCAGACUCUCGUCCGCGCAAAUCACGAUAUUUCGCCCUUGAACGCAGCCCCAGUGAUUGGAGAAACAACUUUGGUUCACGACGAGGGAAGGAGGGCAGAGAUAAUGCGCAGAGCGACGAGCCCGACCCAUUGGGGACAGGUGACAGCGUCCUUCGCAUCCUUAAGCAACGCGGAAUACUUCUAGAUGAUGAUGGUCGCCAACGAGCCCGGUUCCUGUUAUCAUCGACCUCGUUCUCCCCUGCACUCUUCCUGUCGCAAGCGCAUUCCCAGGCAUCCAUCGAAUCGCUCAUGAGCGGUUUGGACAACCUCUCGCAAUCCAUCGAUCAGAAGUCCGCGUCGCUGAAAGUUUUGGUGGAGGCUAACUUCGAACGUUUCGUCCGCGCCAAGGCAACUAUCGAUGCCGUGUACACUGAGAUGAGGAACCAGGGCAUGGAGAAGGAACCAACUCUAGCUCCCCGCAGAUCAGGUCACUUCCGAAGCUAUUCAGGUCAAAAUCACAGUCAAUCCCCGGCCCCAGCGGUGACUCCCAAGAAGACCGCGCUCACGAAAGAGAGCGAAUACGGUAUGAAGGGUAUCCGAGGUCCUUUAGUGGAAGCUUCCGUGAAGGCCGAGGAGGUCUGGGGGCCAGCUCUUGGAGGUCGAGAACGAGAACAAGUAUUGAAAUCAGUGGUUGAGACGAUGGAGAAACACCGGGAGGCCUACGAGAUUGGAAGUCUGCUGUCCAAGUCGAUUCAACAACGAGAUUACGAUUCUGUUUUCGAGCAAUACACCAGAGCUAGAACUCUUGCUAAUGGAGCUAAGAACAUCGCAGACCAAGCUUCUAGUGCCCGCCGACAACUAAACGAUUCUGAGACGCAUACGAUCUUGACCAUGGGCCGCAUGUGGAUGGAUGUCGACCAACAAAUCCAAGACUUCAAGCGCGAUCUCUGGAGGCGUCUUAGUGAUGCACCUACUACAUCUACCACAAGCACUGCGUCUGGGCCCGUGGAAGAGCAUAUGGAGCUGAUUGGAGCUUUGUUGGAACUGGGCGUCGAGGACAACCCUAUUUGGACAUGGCUACAAAGUCGUUAUGCAUUCUUGAAGACGAAGAUCACAGUAUUUUGUGACCGAUGCAAGGUCGAAAUUGAGAUUUUAAGAAGACGGCUUGCUGCUGGAGAGAGGCCAACUCCACAAGCUACGGCAUCCUACCUUCGCCUGGCACCUCGUGAUGGAUUAGCAGAAUCUCCGGAGAGAUUGGACACCGAUCAGGUUAUCGAGCUCUGGGAAUGCGUACAAGCAUUCCUAACUCGACUCCUUUCAUCGCAGAGCGGUUUACUGGGAGAAGUACUGGAUUUCUGGGAAGUAGCCCAGUCUUUCAUCGAUGGCAACCGACAGCGACUCCUACCUGUCGGCUUUGAAGGGGAGAGCCGCAAACAUCACCGACUUUCGAGUAGUAGCGUCAAGGAGUUGGAGACAGGCGUGGUGGAACUAACCAAUCUCAUCCGACAGAACGUCCUGGCCCUCUUCACGGAACUUCCAACUGAGGACGUCUCAUUACUCUUUUCCCCAGUCCCGGCAAGUCCGUCAAGUCCGGAGACAAGAGGAGUCACUCCAACGGAAUCACGCUUCAAGCUGGAUCCAAAGAACCUACCAAUGCCUGUCCCGAAAUUGGGUGAACCCUGGGAGGAGUAUGCCUUCUGGCCACCCUUCUCCAAUUCACUCAGUGGAGUGCAUUACUUGAGCAAAUUCCUCAUUAUCUUGGGCACCGCUGCCAGUGAAAUGGCGUCCUUGCAGCCCGUUGCUAGUACUGGAAAAUCACAUGAUCUUCUCAGGUCUCUUGUCGGUGUUUCUAGGGAGCGAUGUGCCCGUGUGGCAUGCGCUGCUUGGAACAAAGAUGCAGAGAUCUGCAAGAUGUUGGAGGAUUGGACCCGUGAUUUGGAGAAUCGAGAUCUUACCAAGAUGCCCGGGUUCUUUGUGGCGUUCGAGGGUGCUAUCCUUGGAGGCAUGCAGAAAAUCCUUUACAUCUCGGAGGCAGGGGCAAAGCCAGGCUCUGUAGAUGUUAUCACUCAACCGCCUGCGAAAUUGCUUCAAAUGGUUCGCUCUCAAUUUGCUUCUAGUGUCUACAAAGCACUGAGCGGGCUGGUCGAAAACGCUGAGCGUCCAACCAGUGUUGAAGAAGAGAAUGAAUGGGUGAUUUCCCGGCCAGCAAUCACUAGUCAAGCCACCGAUGCUGCUAUGUCGGUUCUCUCGGCAGACUCUGUAGACUCGUGCAACAGGGUUAGUAUCAGCACCGAUUUUAUUGCCUUCAGAUCACUAACCACAGGACAGAACGUCCGAAUCCUCCUUACUCUCUCGAAUCUCAAGGCCCUACAGGCCGAAUAUGUUCCACAGCUGAUCUCCAACUUCGAGAGCGCUUUCUCUGUUAAACUGACCGAAGAGGCCAAGACUGUCCGGGAUGUACUUAGCCAGAUCGAAGACCGACUAUUCCAGUCAUAUGUCAACCCAACUACAACCAUAUUAAACGAUACCAUCACCGCCGGCAUUGGAUCCCCUGACUGGGUGCCCUCGAUUGAUCGACCAGAGCAAGUUCGACCAUAUGUCUACAACACUAUGCUUACCAUGGUGCUUGUCCACACGGAGAUCUCUACGACCAUCCCGUCAACCGUAUCGCCGACCCCCAACCCGCAAGCUUCCAGGGCAUCUUCUAAACUUUUGGCUACUGUAUUGACACAUCUCGUGACGCAAAUCUGCUCAUCUCUGCUCGCGGCCUUCCGUGCCCGUUCCUCCUUUUCGCUAGCAGCUCUAAUGCAAGCAACCCUGGACACCGAGUUUAUCGCACAGUCACUAUCUCAAUACGCAACUGAAGAAGCAUCAGGCAUGCAAAGCCAAAUCUACGUCGAGCUAGAUGCCCGCACAACAAAUGAAGCCCGAGUGAAACUCCAAGCCGAACUCGGAGAAAUGAGAGGCAUUCUGAAGAGACUCCGAGACAGGACGAAGGGCGAGUUUGCCUGUUUCAGGAAACGCAGCUCAAAUAGCUCCAAAUCCUCAAGCAGCUUACAGACAUAG